UUUUAUUGUGAACACUUAGACAUAAUUUAAAAUUACCUAUUACAGAGACAUCCAAGGGCCAAGUGGAUUCCAAUGCAGUCUCUCUCCUUGCAUUUGAGUAUGACAUAAUCAAAUCGUGAAGGUUUUCAAGAAAUCAACGCUUCUUCCACGGACAGAGGCGAUAGAAAUGAAGUUUCGGGGGAAAAUGGCAGACGCCGCAGCCGUGCGGCAGUUGACAAACUUGGCGAGCACGAUGGCCAAAAUGAAGGCCGGCGCCGUGACCUUGCGGUUGUCCAAGGACGUGUCGACGUUUUCCCUGUGCGAGGACGGCGGCAGCAGAGUUGUGUGUUGGUGCACUUUGGAGCAAAAGCGAAUCUUCACCGAGUUGACCCUCGAAGGUGCCACCGUGGAGCAAAACCAAAUCUGUCUGCUCCUCAGCCCAGCUUCCAUGGCUAGUGCGCUGACUUCGGCAAAGAAUGCGCUGGGCGCGGCCAAAAGUGUGAAAAUAAAGCUGACAAACAAAAAGUGUCCUUGCCUCACCUUUGAGAUUGAUUUGCCGAGUGUCGGUCUCAUUCCGAGGACUUGUGUUCAUGACGUGCCUGUCAUUCUGAUCCCCCGUCUCGAAUGGCCUCUCCAUGAGCCUCCGCAGGUGUCGGACCCAAAUGUCAGUCUGAGUGUGGCUGCCGUGAAAAAAGUUCGCACAGUAAUUGAUCGAUUACGCAAAUUGAGCAGCAAACUUCACAUUCAGGUCACAAGCAUCGGCGGACUGUGUCUGCGAACAGAAACUGAUUCUGGCACCUUUGCCACCUACUUCCAGAACCUUCCUGUCGUUUAUUCGGAUGACGAUAAUGAUGGAACUUUGUCCGUAUCUCUCUGGAUUGAUGCUAAAAAGUUGGCGCAGUUGCUCGCCAGUGACCAAUUGAAUCCUGACCACCUGGUUUUUGGUGUUGUGAAUGAAAAACUGCUCCAUGUGAUUCUUACCCAAGAUGAUCUGAAUUUGCACUACAUUAUACCUGCCAUAUCGCUGUAAUAGGUAUUUACAUAACUCAACAAAUAAGAGACGGACUUAUGCAUUUGCCUUACUUGGUAAAUAAAAUGUAAAUAGCAAAUUGAAACAAUUUUAAAAUAGAUAAACAAGCAAAUUUUGAUUUUCAA